CAAGAGUUGCUGUUUUCCCCACGCACUAUUUGUUUGCGGUCCCGUGUGGACCAGUACAGUCCAGUGGUCCUGCGCACUCCAGCGGAGGACGCUCGGGACUCUCUGAGGACGCAGAGCGCAACAGGGACCCGCAGCGUGCGUGCACACGCAGUCGCCCCGCGAGCUCGAGUCACUCGGAUGUUAUGAACUUUCUUCUUGGGAGAACUUUUUUUUUUUUUUCCAUCUUCCAGUUGAGUUCUAACUUUUCAGUUUUCCCAACCUCGAGUCGUGAUGUAGCGGAUGUUUCGGUGAAGAAUCCGGCUCGAAUGGAUCAGCUCUAAACGGGUUUUAUGGGCCUGGGGUUCCACAGUGCCGUGCCAGCCCGUUGAACGCCCCCCACCACCCCCACACACACACACACCAUCUGCCCUCGGAAUAACUCCCCAGCGUGGACUAAUGUCCACGGAAGCGCAGCGCACCUUUGGCUUAUGACGCAGCUGUGAGUUGGAACCAUGGACGCGGCGGCGCGGAGCGUCCGCGGGUCCGUUUGGACUCUGGGCUGCCUCCUUCUCAUUUUCGGCUCCCCCUCCGUGGCGUCUCCCCAUCAUGGUCGGCGGCUGAUCUGCUGGCAAGCCAUCAUGAACUGUCAGGCAGAGCCCGAGUGCGGCUACGCGUACGAGCACUACAGCCGCGCGUGCGGCCCAGUGCUGAACGGCCACAAGAAGAAGUGCCCCAGCCACUGCAUCUCCUCGCUCGUGCAGCUCAAUCUGACCAAAAACGGCCCGGCUCUGGAGGAGUGCAGCUGCGGCAAGGACGCGCUGUGCGUCAGCACCAAGCGGGCCAUCGAGCCGUGCCUACCCAGGACUACGAGCACGGGCUGCACGGAAGCCCGGCGCCAGUGCGAGCGGGACCGGGAGUGCAGCUUCGCCAUGCAGGACUACCUGCAUCACUGUGGCAAACUUUUCAGCGGGGCUGUCUGCACCAACGCCUGUCGGAGCGUGAUCGCCAGCAUGCGUAAAAUCCCCAAAGCCCUGAAGCUGGACACUUGUGUUUGCGACGGGCCGGAGAGAAACAUCUGCGAGUUUGUGAAAAGCAGCAUGAAGGCGCUGUGCUACGACGACCCGGACCCGUACGACGAAGGCAGCGGGUUUGAAGACGACGACUACGGCGACGACGACCCGCCAGAUCCACCGGAGAAGCUGGGGAGCGGAGCCCCUCUCCCUGCAGCCCGCCGGGACUUCACCCUGCUGGCAUCCAUUUUGGCUCUGUUGCUCCUCUUUUAACUCUUGUCUGAGAAAAAGGAAAAGGCAGCGUGAACUUUUAAAACUCGCGGACACGAGCUUUGCGUUGUGCGCACAGUUCUUGAAACAUCUGGAUACUUCUAUGCAAGAACAGAACGACGGGAAGGAUCUGACAGGGGCUGCUCUUCACAGCUUUUGCUUAUGAGAUAAGCUAAAACUCUGAAAGUAAAAGGACACACGUUUGGGUUUGUUUUUUUUUUGUAUCCAAGCAGCUUAAUCAGUGUAAUCAGCUGUGCACUGCCAAUACUUUUAGUAAAACUAUUUUUCUAUGACGAACAGUUGCCACCUGGCACCAGGAGACCUGACUUUACAAGUAUUUAAUGUUCCAUGAACUUGUAAAUAGGAGUUAAAGUGAAACAGUAAUUUAUUACAUGGCUCCUUGUUGCAAAUCCAAAUUGUCAUAUAAAGACUGAGAAUUCCAGCUUUAAAGGGAAGUUAUUAUGACUGAAGUUAGUGUACAUUCACUGUAAAUAUAUACAUAUAUAUAUAUAUAUAUAUUCCUGCAGAGAAUCCUCUAUGUUUUAGGUUAUGAAAUGAUUUAUUCACAAUGUAAAGUCUAGAUAAAGAAACGUCUAAAUCCACUGUAAAACCGCCUUAAUGAUAUCCUUUUUUACAGAAGGCAUAAAGGAAACUUGAAGAUGAAAUUCGUGACUGUGAGUCCGUUUGUUGAUGGUGCCACGUGACUUCAGCAAUAAAUCAGUUGAGAAGUGAAGCGUUGUCAAAAGGUCUUUAAUGAGGCGGAGAUAUUUAUGACACUUGUUUUGCUGCUCAGUCACUUUGGGCUCCAGGAAACAAACAAAAAACAAAAAGUUGUGGCUUUUUUGUUGUUGUUUUUGUUUUUAAUAAGCAGGACAGUAAAUCUCGAGACAAGCUCUGACACUGAAACUGAGCAGAGAUCUUCAGAGGACAAAGAAACUAUUGAGAUUGUAUUAUUUCAUUCCUUUAAGUUGCAUCAGUUUGGAGUGUUUUGUUAUUUUCCACAGCUUCAUGUCACAGUUAAACAAG